AUGCCUAGCUGGCGCUCGAGGGAAAGCUAUGAUGCAACGGCCAAAGAGCAGAAGCAGAUCCUCGCCGAUAUACAGUCGGGCUCUUCCAAGUUCGGUCGAAAGCUCAGCCACGCUCGACCUCCCCCAGCACACCGGAACCAGAGUGGUCAGAGCCACAGGACUUCCGAAGACACCAUCGCUGCUGCCACGGAAGGAGCAGUAGAGCGACAAGAAUCCAGAGGACGCAAAUCAACGACGCCAACUCGCCCCGGACUACCCAAGCGCACCAGCAGCAUGCGUAGGGCGUACAACUACUUCUUCGGCAGCGCUGGCGCCGCACCGACUUCACCUACCACCGCCGUCACGACAGCAGAAGCACAUGCACCUGCUCCGAGCAAGUCCAGGCCCACGACCGGCGACAAUGGCAUCGACACACCGCCCGAGACGCCGAGAGACGCCUUCUCUGGCACCGACGCAGGCGUCCAACCUCCUCCGCCAAACCCCAACGACUCGUACGAAGUCCAGCUCGAGGCCCUGAAGAAGCAGCUUGCCCAUGCAGAAGCCCAGCUCGACGACGCCAGGAUUGUCGCCAACAAGCAGGACGAGCACGUCAAGACCCUCGAGGACGACCACAAGGAGCGCGAGAAGACCUUCGAGGAGCGUGAGGCUACGCUUUUGCAGGACAAGAAAGAUCUCGAGGAGCACAUGGUCAGCGUAGUCGUGCAGCAAGUGCGCGAGGCCAAGACCAAGGAGCGUAACUCUGUCCGUGAGGAGUGUGAAGGCGAGUUCAACAGCAAGAUCGCCGCCACCAACGCAGAGCACGAGGCCCGUGUCGCCGAGCUCCAGAACGAGAUCGAUGCUCUGAAGUCGGAGAUUGAGAAGCUGAAGAGCGCCAUCACCAGCCUCGAAGCGAAGGGUGGCGAGCCAGCGCCCAAGGCCGAGCUCGAAUCGAAAGACAACGAGAUCAAGGCCCUGUCGGAAGAGAAGACUACCGCUGAACAGUCGCUCGCCAAGGCUACCACCGAGCUUGAGCAGCUCACAGCAGACAGGAAGAGUGCUGAAGAGGCCCUUGCCAAGGUCAACGCCGAGCUAGAGCAGCUGCGCGCCGACCAUGCUUCCCUCAUUCCCAGGACCGACCUCGAUGCCAAGGACGAGAUCAUCGCUGCCCUCACCGCCGAGAAGGAGAUCAGCAGCAAGAACGUCGACCAGCUUCAAAGCGAAGUGUCUUCGCUGAAGCAGCAGAUCGAGGAGCUUCAGGCUAACCAUGCCAACGCUACUGAGAAGCUCAAUGCUCAGACCGAGGCACACAACAAGCUUUCCCAAGAGCACGAGGCCCGUGGCUUGAAGCUUUCGGAGCUCGAGUCGGCCAACGCCUCCAACUCCACAGAGCACACCGCCAAGAUCACUGAGCUUGAGAAGGCGCUCACCGACGCAAAGGAGGAGCUGUCUAGCCGCACAUCUGACCUUGAGUCGGCCAGGACAGAACUUGCCAGCAAGUCUGAGGAGGCUACCAACGCUAGCAAAGAAGCUGUCGCUGUCACUGAUUCGAGCAAAAGUGAGAUCGAUGCGCUCAAGAAGCAGAUCAACGAGCUGGAAGAGAGGCUUGCUGCUGCCGACGCAUCCAAGGGCGAUGCUAAUGAGCUCUCAACCCAGAUCUCCAAGCUGGAGGGUGAGCUGAAGCAGGCACAGAAUGAUCUCGCUGCCAAGACGUCAGAAUUGGAAGGACAGAUCGCUGCGCUCACCGCCGAGAAGGACAACGCUGCUGAAGCUGCCGAAAAGGCGAGGAGCAGCGUUGACACUCUCGCUGCCCAGAUCACUGAGCUGGAGAAGUCGCUAAAGGAUGCUCAGGACAGCCUCGCUGCGAAGGACGCAGAGCUACAGAGCGCCCGGAAGGAUGCCACAACGGCAUCGGAGGCAUCUGCUGCUCGCGUUGCAGAGUUGGAGGCUGCUCUCACCAAGGCCAAGGGCGAUGCUGAAAACGCUACUGGAUCUGCCGAUGCUCGCGUGACCGAGCUGGAGUCUUCCCUGAAGAAGGUCCAAGAUGAUCUUGCUGCCAAAGAGGUAGAGGUUGAGAGUGCUCGUGCAGACGCAACAGCGGCCACCGAAGCCUCUUCCAAGAAGGUCUCGGAGCUCGAAUCGUCUCUCAAGGAGGCACAGGAUAGCCUCGCCGCCAAGGAGAAGGAGAUUGAAAGUGCUCGCAGCGACGCCAGCAACAGUACCGAGGUUUCUUCAGCAAAGAUUGCAGACCUGGACAAACUCUUGAAGGAUGCCCAGGAGAACUUGGCCAAGAAGGAGGCGGAGUUGGAAUCGGCACAGCAGGAGGCUAACAAGACCACCGAGAGCUCGGCUUCCAAGAUCAGCGAGCUGGAGAGUUCGUUGAAGAAGGCGACUGAAGACCUUGCUGCCAAGGAUGCUGAGGUCCAAGCUGCGAAGCAGGAUGCACAGAAGGCCACCGACACCUCUUCCUCUCAGGUUCAAGAGCUGGAAAAGAAGCUCGCUGCCGCUACUGCCGAUCUCGAAAGCGAGCAAUCGAAGACCGCCGCCGCUCAGACAGACGUCAGCAAGCUCAAGGAAUCUACCAGUGCCCAGAUCGCGGAGCUCGAGAAGAAGCUCGACGCUGCGAAACAGGAGGCUGCCAACGCCACCGAGUCUGCCAAGGGUGAAGCCAGCGGCCUUCAGUCCAAGGUCUCCGAACUGGAAUCUUCGCUGAAGGAGUCGACGCAGAAGCUCGAGGCGAAGGAUGCUGAGCUCGCCAAGGCUGCUGAAGCCGGCGACCAGGCAAAGACCGAGUCCACUGAGCUUUCAAACAAGAUCUCAGCGCUGGAGAAGGACCUGGCCGUCGCCAAGCAACAUGCCGAAAAGGUUGCCGAACUUGAGUCAUCGCUUAAGAGCAAAGACGCUGAACUCCUGGAGGCCCAGAGUGCUGCCAAAGCAUCGAAUAGUAAUGCCGAUGACAAGAUCGCCGCCCUAGAGUCUUCCCUCAAGAGCAAGGACGCCGAGCUUUCGGAGGCACAAAACGCUGCCAAGACAGCGAGCAGUGCAGCCGACGAGAAGGUUGCCGCUCUUGAGAAGGAUCUUGCCGCCAAGGAUGAGGCUCUCAAGGAGGCUUCGGCAUCGAAGGACGAGGUCGAGAAGCUCAAUGCUAAGAUUGCGGAACUGGAGUCUGCUCAAAAAGCCACCACCACCGGACACGAAGAGACCAAGGGCCAGCUGACUGCUGCCCAACAAGCGCAAGCCGACGCUGAGAAGGCACACGAGGAGACUAGGUCUACCCUGUCCUCCACCAAGGACGAACUUAGCGCCCUUCAGAAGUCAAAGGAUGAGCUCGACAACGAGCUGAAGGCCGCCAAGCAGAGCGAAUCAAAGGUCGCGGAGCUCCAGAGCCAGCUCGAGAAGGCUGCUGCUGAUCACGAUGCUGCCUUGGAGAAGGCCAAAGCAUCGCACGAGGGAACCAAGAAGGAGCUGACCAGCGCGAAGAGCGCCCACGAUGAUGCCAUCAAGAGUGCGACAGCUUCUCUCGAUGAGACCAAGGCUACCCUUUCAGCUGCUCAGGAAGAGGCCCAAGCUGCGAAGUUGGCGCAGGAGAAGGCUGAGAAGUCGCUGGCCGACGAGCACAAGGCGGCCACCGAUGCUCAGGCCAAGGCUUCCGCUCUGGCAACCGAGAUUGCGGAACACAAGGCCGUAGCUGAGAAGGCGACUUCCGAGAAGGCUACGCUGGAGGAGCAGAUCAAGGCAAACGAUGCCAAGGUCACUCAGCUGGAGGCCGCCGUCGAAACCGCCACCAAGGACAAGGCUGCCAAGGAGGCCCAGGUCACAGAGCUUCAGGCUAAGCUUGUCGAGUCUGAGAAGGCAGCCUCGGCAGCCAAGGCCCUCGAGCAGUUGAAGCAGGAAUCUGACACCAAGCUGAUCGAGGCCACCAAAGCCCUUGAGCUCUCACAGAAGGAGACGAGGGAGGCCGAGGAGAAGGCAGCAGCCAGCGCCAAGACGGUUGACGACGCCGUUGCUGCUCGCAAAGCUCAAGAGGACAAGUCGGCACAGUGGGAAGCCGAGCUCGCCACCCUGAAAGCGUCCAGCGAAGCUUCCAAGACGGAGCUCGACACGCUGAAGAAGGAGGUCGAAGAGGCAAAGAAGGGCCAGGCGUCUCUCAAGACGCUCAACACGUCCGUCUUGGAGAAGAUCAAGGAAAAGGACGCCAAGAUCAAGGAGCUGACCGCGGCCGCUGCGGAGAAGCCUGCGCCCAAGGAGAACGGGAUCAAGGCCGAGGCUGUCACGGAAGCCUAG